GAUCACUGGAAAAGGCGCGUGCAAAGUGAGAGAGCGUAGCAUCGUGGCUCGUGAAGAGUGCUGCAACAGUCAAGUAAGUAGUCAGGUUGGUCACCUCUUGCUCUCUCUCUAGACAGAGUUUUUGGGAAAUGAGAAGUGAAGAAAGAUAGCUUAGGCCGACGAAGAAGAAGAACCAGAAGGCAAAGAUACCAUUGGCCCAAUACAGUCCAGUCAAAGUCCCUUCCUUCCCCUAACCUCCGUCUCUCUUGGGAUCCUUCUCUAUUUUUCCUCUGCUUUUUCUCGGGGACAUUCCUUCCUGUUCUCGCCCACAUUGGUCCAAACAAACCAACCGGUUUCAACCCCUCAUUUGGAAAGCUCGUCUUCUGCCGGUGACAUUUGCUGGGUGUUGUCGCUUGUGAUUUCAUUACGGAAAUGCCCUACGAGACAUAAUGCAAGCUGUUGGUGCUCAAGCUUGAAGUUUUUGGAGAUCUUCCCACUUCCUCGGGAGGCCCGCUAGUGUUUUUAUUAUUGAAAAGGGCGGUCUUCAUGGUCCAUUAUUUUCAUUUAUUGCUCUUUUUGCUCUGUGGCCCAUGUUGUUGGGUUGUCCUCUCCAAUAAUGUGCCUUAAAGGCAAGAGUUAAGUGAAGAGUAAAAGGGAAGGAAAGUGAGGAGGCAAAGAUAAUAAAGAAGAGAAGUAAUUGCGGAGACGGUGUUUAUGAUGAAUUCAGUGAGUUCUUUCAUGUUUUUUCUGUCUUCUGAUAUGGCUAAAAUCUUUUAGGGUUCUUGUUUUGUGGUUGUGGUUGGUAGUGGGGUGGAAAGAUUCUGUGGAGUUUCUUUGAAGGGAUUGUGUGCUCGUUUGUUUGUUGGGUAAUGUACUAAACACUCAUUGAGGUGGCUGUCCCUGUUGUGGACCAUUAACCUAGUUUCUUUUGUACAUCAUCGUACUUACAUUCCUACAUGCUUGCACAUUCUUUUUUCCUUUUCUUCCCCAUUAAUUUCUCCAAGGAGGAGUUUCAAUGAAAAAUGUUGCAGGAGGUGUGGGUCAGGGGGUUGUGAAGGGGAGGGGUUGGUAUCUGCUCAUUUCGCUAUUUGGUUGAGGAGGACCUAAAUCAUGCAGACGCCACAAGCACGAACCAAUUCUCAGGAAGUUCCUCAAAGGAAAUCGCCCAGAACGCCUCGAACUUCGCGCCAGCUUAAGAUUCCAGGAUCUGAUCUGGAGAAAAUUUCGUCCUCCCCAAAUGCUGCUGCAAGGACUCCUAAAGGCAAAAGUCCUAAAGUUGGUGAGCGCAAGUCACCUCGAAGUUCGGCAUCAGCUGAGAAGAAAUGCCUGAGCAGAGCAUCCGAAUUGGAAUCACAGAUCAUUCAACUCCAAGAAGAUCUUAAGAAGGCAAAGAACCAACUGGACUCAUCUGAAUUGGCAAAGAGGCAAGCCCAGCAGGAAGCUGAAGAGGCCAGGAAGCAGCUCUUGGCCAUGUCAAAAACACUCGAGGAGUUGCAACAGCAGCUGUUGGAGCUUUCGGCUUCUGAGGAAGCCCGGGUUCAAGAACUGCUUAAAAUUUCCCAAGAUCGUGAUAAAUCCUGGCAGUCCGAACUUGAGGCCAUCCAAAAGCAAUACACUUUGGAUUCUGCUGCAUUGGGUUCAGCCAUGAAUGAAAUAAAGAAGCUCAAGGCACAACUGGAGAUGGUGGCUGAAUCUGAAGCUACCCAAACUAAGCAUGCAGAAUCAGCACAUCACAAGAUUCAGCAUUUGAGGAUGGAACUUUCGGAAACCCUAGCCCUCGUUGAGAACCUGAGGAUUGAGCUUACUAACUGCAGAGAGUCAGAAGCUCAGGCUCUAGAAGUCGUGAACAAUUCUCAGAAGCAAUUGGAAGCGGCGAAUGCCACUGUCGAGAUAUUUCGUACAGAGAGUAUGAAAGCCAAGGAGGCUUAUAGCUCUCUAUUUACUGAGUUAGAACAGUCGAAAUCUCGAGAAAAGUUUUUGGAUGAUCUCGUGAAGAAACUCCAACCAGAUCUCAGUGGCAGCAACAAUUGUCCAGCUAAUUCCACAAGCGAUGUGAACCUCCCACGUGGAGAUAGCGUAGAUGAGGACAUAAACGAGCUCAAAGCAGAGCUUAAUUCCGUGAAUCUUGAGGCAAUUCAAUUAAAGUCGGCUCUGGGUACCGCUGAGACCAGGUAUCAAGAAGAGUAUAUCCAGAGCACAUUGCAAAUCAGAAGUGCUUAUGAAACUGCCGAACAUAUAAAACUAGAGUCCUUCCAGAGGCAGGCUAAACUGGAGGCUGAAUUAGAGGCGGCCAAGAGUCUUAUUGAAGAACUGACUGCAAAAUCAAAAGAAAAGGAAGCAGAAUUCCAGAGUGUCUUGGAUGAGCAUCACAAACUAAUUGUGAAGAAGGAGAACAACCAGGGCAGUGCAAGAGCAUAUGAACUCAAGAUGGAUUUGAGCAAGUCUCAGGUGGAUUUAGAAGGGUUGAAGGAAAAUUUGUUGGGAAAAGCAAGAGAUAUGCAUAAUUUGGCCGAGGAAAACGAAAGGCUCAAGAACGAAAUGAAUGAGAGGGACGUGGAGAAGAACAAAGCAAAUGAUGAGGCAGUGGCUUUAGUGGAGGCUGCGCGGGCUGCAGAGCGAGAGGCUUUGAUGAAACUGGGAUAUCUGACAGAGGAGGCCGACAAAAGCAGCAGGAGAGCGGCUCGGGUCACCGAGCAGCUCGAUGCGGCUCAAGCUGCGAACUCUGAGAUGGAGGCCGAGUUGAGGAGGCUGAAGGUGCAAUCUGACCAGUGGAGGAAAGCGGCCGAGGCUGCAGCCACCAUACUUUCUGCUGGGAACAACGGGAAGUUUGUUGAAAGAACAGGCUCCCUUGACAAUUACCACACUCUCGGUUCACCUUAUUCCGAAGACAUGGACGAUGAAUCUCCCAAGAAGAACGGGAACGUGCUGAAAAGAAUCGGUGUCUUGUGGAAGAAGGGGAAUAAGUAGAUGGAAUAACAGGUAGGCAAGCUGAUCUUUCUUUCUUCCACUGCUUCUUUUCUUGUUUAAUAUCACUCUAUCAUCUAUUCUAAGGAGCUUCAUGGUGAUUCGGCUAUUCUGUUAUCUGCGUCAAAUUUUUGAGACUUCUCAGGGGACAGGUUCAUUGUAGCGUUCAUCGUUUUACUUGCUUAAAUACACACAAAAAUAUGUGCAGGUAUGUAAAAACUCGCGAGCCUUUUUCGUUUUAGAACUAUCUAUGGCGCCUUGGAUGAAGCGCGCCUCUUCCUUCACUGCAACGAGAUGCUGCGCUUGCUCAACAAUGUGCAGAAUUCAAUAUAUGUUUCGGCAACGAUUUAGAAUUGCUGGUUAUAGAAUGUUCUCAUUCUAGCUCUUGGAAACCGAAACUGUAACCAUUUGUGCACGAGUCUGUCGCUCUGGUCACAGAUGAUAUAUGAGGAUGUUUAUGCAUGUUAUCUUGUUCACUCCCGUAGAAUCAUUUGUUUGCCGUUCUUUUCGCAAUUUGCGGUUUUGAUGAAUUACUUGUAUGGAUGUAUGGC